AUGGCCAACCCUGCGGAGCCUCAGUUUCCCCUGGCACAGGAGCCGGGCAAUGCCUCACCCCUGGAACUGCCGGAGAUGGAGAAGCUCCUCACCAAGGUGGAGGACAAGGAUGACAAGACCCUGAAGCUGUCCAAGUCCCUCUCAGGGACCCUGAACCUGGAGCAGAAUGGCCACAGACUGCCGUUUAAGAUGGUCUCCGAGCAGCACCUGGAGGUCCAGCUCUCCCAGUCACCCUCCCGGGUCAGCUCGAGGUGGGCAUCCUCUAUCAGCACUGCCUCCUACGCCCAGGAAGAAGAGGUGCCCAAUGAUUACCUCAUCCUUGCCAUUGCCUCUUGCUUCUGCCCCGUCUGGCCCCUCAACCUCAUCCCGCUCAUCUUUUCUAUCAUGUCGCGAGGGAGCGUGCAACAGGGGGACCUGGACGGAGCCCGGAGGCUGGGCCACCUGGCCAGGCUGCUCAGCAUCACCUUCAUUAUCUUGGGGAUCGUCAUCAUCAUUGUGGCUGUGACAGUCAACUUCACAGGUGAGACCCACACGUGCACAGGCCCAGGAGUCCCCAGCUCCAGCCCCUGGGCUGGCAGGAUGCUCAGCAACCCAGGGAGAAGACAGAAACGAAUGGGCUCGCUGCUGGACGGGGCAGGCAUCAUCACAUGA